AAAAGGCCACAUUCUCUUUCUACCAUAUUUAUAUAGCUAAUGUGCAGCCUCCCUGUAAGUGUUCUAUCUUGCCAAGACGUCAUUACCAGAGAAAUCGCGGGCAUUUGCGCGUGACCAUCUGACUGGCUAGGAGGAGACCUGGCUCACCAGCUAGUCAGAUUCUUUGAGUGGACACUGCAAUAAGAUGAGAAGAUAUGAAAUGCAGCAGGCCAGACCUACUGCAGGUUGUUUCCUUUCCAGGCUGCCUCUCUGUGCCUCUGUUUACCCAGAAGAAAAGGAGCAGGCUGCCUUUGACAUCCAAUCCCUCUGAGAAUGAAUUCUGCUCCAACAAUGAAUACAUGUCCACACACAGCGCUGUUUCAUCCAACAACAUAUCUGGUAACACAAAAUAUUUCCAAGAUCAAGACCCAAGCUGUCCUGCACCUGCUGCUCAGAACAGUCAGUGGAACAGACAAGGCAACCAGCAUCAGUCUCAACCACAGUUUCAGUAUCCAAACAGUCGACUUGCACCUGAACCCGUGAGAAGAAACUUUGCACCUCUACCACACCCAUAUAAAGCUGUGAAUACAGGUCCGCAGAUAGGACAGCAACAGCCACCAGUGAGGCAGGACUCCAGAGCCCCUAUAAACCCCAGACAGAGCAACUACAACGGCCCUAGCAGCAGUGGGAACACACAGAGCAAGCCAGUACCCCCAGGUAGCUACUCUCAUAUGGGUCAGCAGCAGCAGUCUGGCUACAGACAGGGACAGGCCAACCCACCAGAGCCUCCUUUCUGCUCCCAGCAGUCUACACCCAUUACCACAACAAGCAGACCAACUCCUGGCCCUCCAAACAGACCAACUCCUAGACCUGGACCACAGCAGCAGAAGCAGGACACAUCCUGGAAGUUUAAAAUGACCACCAACACUGGGCUACAGAAACAGCUGAUGGACAGUAGAGACAUAUAUCAAUCUCAAAAUACCUCUCAGUCUCAGACACCACCUGUGUUCCAGAUCAAACCAGCAACUGAGAACUCUUUGAGGAUCCUGACUGCUGUCAUCGAUGGCAUGAGACACUGGAGCCAGUUCAAGGACAGUGCUCCGUACCUAUUUGAGAUUUUCGCUACUCUUGACUCUGCAGUCACCUCCGGGUCUCAUGGAGCUAAGAACUUCCUCAUGAGAGAUGGGAAAGAGGUGGUGCAGUGUGUCUUCUAUGAAAAUGAGCUGGACCUUCCCAGGCUGAUCCGAGGACAGGUGCACCGCUGUGUGGGAAACUACGACCGCACCAGGGACACACUCACCUGCAUGUCUGUCAGGGCUGCCCUGCACUCCGAGCAGAUGAAUGCACAGGAGUCUGUCAAAGCAUCGGAUGCUGAGAUGAGGGGCCUGGUGAAAUCACUCAGUGAAGUCUGAUCAGAGGCACAGAAACACGUAAAAGGGCAAUUCAAGGGCAAUACAAUUGUUUUUGUCCAUGGUUCCUUGUGAAUAUCACUAUAUGGCACGUGUUCUCCUUUUCAUUAGAAACUGCGGGGUCCUAUAUUUCAAGCGUUGUCAUCUUUAUUAGAAACUGAAGGAUCCUAUAUAAUGUCCUGCUGUAUAUACAGUGCCUUCGAAAAGUAUUCAGACCUCUUGACCUUUUCUAAAUUGUUACGUUCACCUUAUUCUAAAAUUGAUUAAAUAGUUUCCCCACUCGUCAAUCUACAUACACAAUACCCCAUAAUGACUAAGCAAAAACAGGUUUAGAAAUGUUUGCUAAUUUAUAAAAAACUGAAAUAUUAUUCAGACCUUUUACUCAGUAUUGGUUGAAGCACCUUUGGCAGCGAUUACAGCAUCAAGUCUUCUUGGGUUUGACACUACAAGCUUGGCACACCUGUAUUUGGAGAGUUUCUCCCAUUCUUGCACAACUAGUUUCAGGUCUCCCCAGAGAUGUUCGAUCAGGUUCCAAGUCCGGGCUCUGGCUGGGCCACUCAAGGACAUUCAGAGACUUGUUCCCGAAGCCACUCCUGCGUUGUCUUGGCUGUGUGCUUAGGGUUGUUGUCCUGUUGGAAGGUGAACCGUCACUCAGUCCUAGGACCUGAGCGCUCUGGAGAAGGUUUUCAUCAAGGAUCUGUCUGUACUUUGCUCUGUUCAUUUUUGCUUAGAUCCUGACUAGUCUCCCAGUCCUUUCCGCUGAAAAACAUCCCCACAGCAUGAUGCUGCCACCACCAUGCAGGGAUGGUGCCAGACGUGACGCUUGGCAUUCAGGCCAAAGAGUUCAAUCUUGGUUUCUUCAAACCAAAUAAUCUUGUUUCUCAUUGUCUGAGAGUCCUUUAGGUGCCUUUUGGCAAACUCCAAGUGGGCUGUCAUGUGCCUUUUACUGAGGCCACUCUACCAUAAAGGCCUGAUUGGUGGAGUGCUGCAGAGAUGGUUGUCCUUCUGGAAGGUUCUCCCAUCGCCACAGAGGAAUUCUAGAGCUCCAUCUGGUUCUUGGUCACCUCCCUGACCAAGGCCCUUCUCCCCCAAUUGCUCAGUUUGACCAGGCGGCCAGCUCUAGGAAGAGUCUUGGUGAUUCCAAAUUUCUUCCAUUUUAAGAAUGAUGGAGGCCACUGUGUUCUUAGGGACCUUCAAUGCUGAAUUUUUUUUUUUUGUGCCUUGACCCAAUCCUGUCUCUGAGCUCUAUGGAAAGUUCCUUCGACCUCAUGGCUUGGUUUUUGCUCUGACAUGCACUGUCAACUGUGGGACCUUAUAUAGACAGGUGUGCCUUUCCAAAUCAUGUCCAAUCAAUUGAAUUUACCACAGGUGGACUCCAAUGAAGUUGUAGAAACAUCUCAAGGAUGAUCAAUGGAAACAGGAUGCACCUUGAGCUCAAUUUUGAAUCUCACAGCAAAGGGUCUGACUACUUGUGUAAAUAAGGUAUUUCUGUUUUUAAUUUGCAAACAUUUCUAAAAACAUGUUUUCGCUUUGUAGGGCAUUAUGUGAUUUAUAAAAACAAGAAAGAAUUUAUUCCAUUUUAGAAUAAGGCUGUAACGGAAAUAAAAUGUGGGAAAAGUCAAGAGGUCUGAAUACUAUCCGAAGGCACUGUUGAUACUUGACAUGUUGGAAGAUUCUUCCAGGGAUGAGUAGCACAUGAUUCCCCAUUAUUUUGAAAGAAUAGUCAGAACUCAUCUGCUUGUUAUCUGUUUAUGACAACAAAUUAAGAUUGUGUUUAUUAAUUUCACAAUGU